AUGAAUCUAAAAUAACACAAAGCAAUUAUUCUGGAGCAAGAUCUCUGGUUUUUACACUAUUACUCCUCUUAAAUUAAUCAUAUACGUAAUUAAUCAAAGCAUCCUUUCUAUUUUCUUUAAACUUUAGGAUUUUGGAUUAGUUUUUGAGUGAGAGAUUGGUUAAUGAGAGUUUUGAAGAAAUAGAUUCGGCGGUGAUGGUCAUGGUUGUUGUUUCGAUGGUGGUAGGAGAAAAGAGGAGGUGGGCGACACCAAAAGUUUCCGAUCUCACUGAUUUUGUUAAUUUUUGAAGAAAAAAUAGCGAUGGUGGUUAGUUGCGAGGUGACGGUGGUUUAUUACCGGAUAUGCAGAUUCAGUCAGAUGAUUUUGAGGAACCGCAAGAAUAUGGUGGAAAUAAUUUUUCAGUCAAGCUGGCUAAAGAAACAAGCACCAAUUUGCCAAAUAGACCGAAUCCUAAAAGACCACAACACACAAAGAAGCAUCUCCAAAUUUGAAGAAUGCAGAGACUCCAUUAAAGCUAAAGCAACCAAAAAUCUCCCCAAAAAAUGCCCUCGUUGCAUAGCAGACGGCAACGAACUCCUCAGAUUCUACUACACAAGCUUCACAUGUUCACUAGGGCUAAAUGGGUCAUCCAAUCUAUGCAAUACAAUUCCGCAUUGUAACCGAUGCAGAAUUAUCAAAAUGGGUUUAAAGAAUCAUCUACAAAAAUUGUGAGUGAAAAUGGGAUUUUGACCACAGCAACGAGUGGUAAAGCUCAUGACAAGGCUGAAAUUGUAGAGGAGGGCAAAACUGGAAAUAUUAAUGAUAAAAGAUCAACGUUGGUAUGCAGAGUAAUAGCAGGCAGGGUGAAGAAGGGUAUGGAAGGUAAUUUGGAUGAGUUUGAGUAUGACUCAGUAGCGGGUGUGGUAGGAUUGUACUCUAAUUUGGAUGAACUGUAUCUUUUUAAUCAUAAGAGCAUCUCCAAUGUAAUGCUAAAAUGAAGUGUUAAUAUCAUAAUAUAAUACCCCAAUUAUUUUUUAA